AUGGCCCUCACGUUGAGAGUCGCUCGAGAAUCAAUCCUCGACAGCCACACUCUGGACAUCAUGCCAUCAGCAGUAAUCACCGGUGCCAACAGUGGCAUUGGCCACGAGUUCGCCAAAGUCCUGAUCGAUGCCGGAUAUGAGGUUCAUGCCGUGGAUGUGAACCACGGGGAGAAACUCAAGAGCUUGGGCUGCACGACAUCCCAGCUGGACGUUGCAUCCGAGGAGUCCAUCCACAGGUUCAAGGAGCAGUAUGGCGAUCGGCCCCUCGACCUGCUGCUGAAUGUCGCAGGAGUGGCGGAUCCGGACCACGACUCACUCAACACCUUGAACAAGGACUCUCUCUCGCGCACCUUCUCCAUCAACACGUUCGGCCCUCUCCUGCUCACCCAGGCGCUUCUGCCCAACGUGCUCAGGUCCUCCCAGCCGCGGCUGGGGUACGUCAGCAGCCGCGUGGGCAGCAUCGGCGACAACGGCUCCGGGGGCAACUACGCCUACCGCUCGUCAAAGACGGCCCUCAAUAUGAUCUGUAAGAACCUGGCGGUGGAGCUCAAGGCCGAGGGGGUCGUGGUCGUGAUCUUGCAUCCGGGCAUAGUGAGGACUGGUAUAAUCCCGGGCACGGGCGACGUCCCAGGCGCCGUCGACCCCGAUGAGGCAGCUAGCAAACUUUACAAGAUCCUUGUGGCCAAGGGCAUCGAGGAUACGGGCAAGUUCUGGCACAGGGAGGGCGAGGAGCUACCAUGGUAG